ACACAUCUAAAAGAACAGUGUGGACAACAAAAUCCUUACACCAAAAAAGGUAAAUUAAAUGAUCUACCUAUCUCUCGACUACCAAUUUAUGAAAACUAGAUUAGUGUAACAUCUCCCAACGUGUAAUGCCACUACACAUCUGAGUGUGUUGUUUAACAGUAGAGCACAUAGCACAGCUUGAGAUCAAACGAGGUCACAGCGUCACGUCAAGAUUAUCUCAGCUCAGUUGGAAUUUCUCGAACACCAAAAUGGCUUGCUGCAGCCUGUCAUGGAGUUGAUACAAAAUGCUAUAGGUAAAGGCAAAUCGUGGAUUGAUGAAAGCGGAGAUGAAAACGAGACUAGCUUCACGGAAAUUUCUCAAAAAUUGGAGGAGGCAACAUCCUACAUUUUGGCCUCGUAUUCUAGAAUUUUAGACGAAAACAAAGAAGACAUCGCUUCGUGCAGUAAAGUUACAGCUUUGAGCACCUCCGAGCAGAGACUACAACGUGUAGAACAAGAUGUGAAAGAUAUGAAAGAAAAGAAUGAAAUAGGGAUUAGAAAAUGUGUUUCUAUGACGGACUUUAUUGAAACUCUCCAGAAUAAUUCACGAAUAUUGGAGAAACAAAUGGCAACUUUAAAGAAAGAAAUGUUUGCUAAACAUGAACUGCUGUGCUGUAUGCUCGCGAAGAGAGUGAGGCCGUUAGAGACUCUACAGGACUUAUUUAACAGAAACUUGUCAACAGGCACUAAACUUCAUAAGAACAUACGGCAGAAUUAUGAGAGACCCUCUAGAGAUACACAAACAGCUUCAGAAAAGGUUGGAUUCUCUUCUUAUUUUAAUUACGAAGAUAACAGAACAAUUACUGAAAGCUUUACAAGUGUAUUGUUUAAUGUGGGCAACUAUUAUAACGCAGACACUGGAGAAUUUAUAGUCCCUGUCGACGGAAUUUACUUGGUGCUACUUAAGGUAUAUGCCAACGAGACAAAACGUUUUAAAUUUGUUGCAAAUCUUUACUCAUAUAAAGAUGACCACGAAACUGCAUUGAUUACAUGUUAUAUAAACAAUGGCCCGUCAAUUCAGCAGCGUCACGGUUAUUGCAAUUAUAGCUUAAUACAACUUCAAGCUGGUGAUAAAUUGUACGUUGUUUCCGAUAUAACUAGUGUUAGCAUAAAGGCAAGCAAAAUGUAUGCUAACUUCAGUUGUUUUAAGCUUGAUUGAAUCACGUGCCAAGUAACAAGACUGCAAGGAUAAUAUCUUGAUAUGGCGACGGUAGGAAUUAUUGGAUGGAUGCAUUAUUCGUAACAAACUAUUUGUGGACAUAUUAGAAAAGUCAGUUAUAUCAUUUGAAUAAAACUUCAUUUGAACAAUCUAAUUUCCAAUAAGAAUAGCUUAUUUUUAUUACUUAAAUUUAUUA